AGGUUCCUUGGCAAAGCUGAAUCCAGUUACACAGCUUUACAGCUAAGACGAUAAGGUUUGGGGGGUGUCACUGAUAAGAACUUGGGGAUGAACGAUUCAAAUGAAUCGGCAUCUUCUCAGUUCCAGGAAUGUUUUUGAGAGAUAAUUCACCCAUAGCUAAACGUUUCUGAAUCUCACUCAACCUUUCCUCCUAGCUCUGGGAGUCACUGUAAACCAUUAAUAAACCAUCAUUAUGUCUGACAUCCUCCGCCGGGUAGGCCGUGGUGGAGCGGGCAACUUCUACAGCAAGAAAGAUGUUCAAGAAGCGGCCAACAGCACUCCCCCAGACCUAGAAGCCCAGAACAACUCGGCCGAACCCCUGGCCAACGCCGUAACCCGGACUCAGACCCACUCCACUUCUUCCGGGCCAAGCUACUCCCGUACCGGCCGCGGCGGCGCCGGUAACUUCACCUUUCGCUCGGCCGGCUCCGACACCACAGCCCCGUCCACGGACCCGAACAGCAGCACCGCGCAGCAGGAGGAGAGAGACUUAAAAGAACAGGCAGCUGUCGCCGUGGCAGCAACUAUCGCGGCCAAACCGAGGGCGGGAGAACUCAGUGGGAGGGGAGGGGCGGGGAAUUGGACUGGUCAUGAUGGGGUAGGGGCAGAGUUGAAGGAGGAAGAGGAACGGCAGAAGAAGGCGGCAGAGCUCGAGAUGCAAGUGCUGAGGGACGUCGAGGUUGGGUUAGCGCCGCCGCCGAGGGCUUAUCAUCAUCCUGGGCGGGGCGGCCGUCGUAAAGGCGAGGAACUGACUGACACUUCGUGAUGCCUGUUCGGUGGGUGCACUGUUUGAAGACACGGAGCAUGUUUGCUAUAGUACUAGGAGUUGCGAGAUAGAGACUCUCACGCCCCAUAGUAGGCACAUCCAUUACUUA